AUGCGGCCGGCGCUCGUGCGCGACGCUUUCGAGCUCUACGACGGCUGGGUGGGCGGUCGCGAGGGCAGCUCGGGCGUCGUCGACCUGCAAAAGUCGUACUACCCGCUCAUCUUCCGCUACACGGUGCGCCUGAUGGGCAUGACUGAGUAUGCCAGCGACUCGCAGGCGCUGCAGAAGAUGCAGGAUGCCUUCUGGGCGACGCAGAACAACUCGGACUUCUUCACGACAAUCAUGCCGUGGCUGCCGCAGCCGCGCCUGAUCCGCCGGCUCAUCGGCGCCUUUACGCUCUGGCGCAUGGUCAAGGUGACGCUCGACCAGCGCAUCAAGAGCGGCGCAAAGGAGGACGACUUCGCGCAGCUGCUCAUCGACGAGGGCAAGGCGCCUGCGAGCAUCUCGCGCUUCGUGAUCGGCGGGCUGAUGGCCGGCAUCCUCAACACGAUCGGCACGGGCGCCUACUCCAUCGCCUUCCUGGGCGCGGACCAGGCGCUGCAGAAGAAGGCGCGCGAGGAGCUCAUCGAGGGUCUGCGUGCUUGCGCCGAGCGGAGAGGUGACGACUACGACGACCUGACGGACCAGCAGCGGCUCGAGCGGGUCUCGCUCGAGGAGUGGGAGGCCGACUUCAAGACCAUUCAUCUCGUCUUCAAGGAGACGAUCCGCCUGCUGGACGCCAAGGGCAAGCCUCGCGCCCGCCUCGUCAUCGAGGGCCACCCGAUCGAGGACGACACGUACAUCGCCGUGGCGCCGUCUGCCAACCUGCACGACGCAGACCUCUUCGCCGACCCGCUCAAGUUUGACAUCACGCGCUACGAGCGCGGCGAGGGGCCGAACGAGUACACCUACGUGGCUUGGGGCUACGGCCGACACAAGUGCACGGGCAUGCGCUUCGCGAAGCUCGAGACGACGCUGUCUAUGGCUGCCCUGCUGCUCGCGUACGACUUCCAGUCGACGGACGACGCCGGCAAGCCCUACACGAGCGACACGCUGCCGCUCUCGGACCUCUCGCAGAACCACUGGCGCACGCCUACGCGGCCUCUCCGCGUCCGGGCCCAGCGCCGAACCGCCGAGCACCCGUAG